AUGGCACAAACCCCGAGCAUUGAUAUCUUACUGAACCUGGUGCCAGAAAGACCGAAUGUCGUUCUCGAAAAGUUGCAAGCGCACCCGACAUUGGCUCAUAGACAGGACGGCCACGGAUAUUCUCUCGUCCAUGCUGCAGCUUCCUAUGGCCAUUCAGACCUUCUGCAGGCAUUGGUGAAGGAUUUCAAAGUCGAUCCGAAUAUCAAGGACGAAGAUGGGGAAACGGCUCUAUUCAGCGUAGAUGGAGAAGCAGCGGUCCAAAUCACACAGCAACUGCUUGCUCUCGGCACAGACAUUAACCAUCGCAACAAUGAGGGACAAACCGCUGCUGAGAAAUUAGACGAUGAAGACGAGCAGCCUAUGGUCGCUGCAUAUCUCAGGCAAAUACUAGCAGGGUCAGGAAGUGCAGUCACCAGUGAACAAAACGAAGCAGUCACGAAUGGUGAGCAAAAUGGCGUUCACCCUCCACCCCCAUUGCCUCAAGGUCUGGAGCUCAACGUCGGCACCAUGAUGCCAUCAGAGGCAGGCGAAGAACCAGAUCCAGAGUUUCGAAGACGUAUCGAAGAAUUGGCCGCUCGAAGCGAUUUCGAGACCGAAGCAGGUCAGCGAGAUCUACGCAAUCUGGUGUCGGACGCUCUUUCUGGCAUCACCAAUGAAGGCAGAGGUCCACCGGCGACACGGAGACGAGUGGAUUGA